AUGGGUGUGACUAACCAAUUGAACAGAGACAAAUGAGAAACUUUGGCAUCUCUUUUAUACUUUUUCUUUAUAUUUUUUCCAUUUUUCAUAUGGACUAUGGACGCUGUACCAAAUUCGGACGAAGCAAUAUCCUUAUUUUUUCGUUUUUUCAUAUUAACAAAACUCAAUCUGGCCAAAGCGUUAGCAGAUCUUGGCCGUCUGAUUAUGAAUAACGAAUGAUCCUCUCCAGAUGACACGUGUUGCCCAGCAUCUCUUCUUAUUUGCUUCCCUGCAUGGAAUUCUCCUCCAACUGUAACUCCCCAAACAAGAAGUAUGAUGUGAGACGGAGUCAGUAGAGAGGAAAUAAACCUAGAAAGUGCCUUUGUUUUUUGCUUGCAAUACUCCAUUUUGAUCACUUUUUCUUGGGUUAUCUUUUUUACUAUGUUGGAUUCUUGAAAUUCUUGGCAGUUUUUUUGAAGGAGAAAAAAGCGGGUCUGAUCUUUUGCUUUGAUUUCAAGAAUGCUCCCAAAUCUGGCCAGUGAUCUGUGUGGAAUCCAGAUUUGAGCUCAAGUCUGAUCUGGGCUUCUUCUUUUGAAUUCAGGGUAUGCCUGGGAAUUUUUUCAGGAUGGAAGAUCAUAAUCAUCAAGACUUGAAGUUUGUGUGCAAGCAGUGUAACAAGAGGUACCCUUGUGGGAAGUCAUUGGGAGGACACAUGAGGUCUCACGUGGCUCCGAAUUCAGCUGAUUUUGUUGUGGAGGAGAACAAGAAACUUCAUCACCAACAAUCAUCAAGGUUUGGGCUUAGAGAGAAUCCCAAGAAGACUUGGAGGGCUGUUGUGGGCUCCACCCCCACCCCCACCCCCACCCUUUCACAAUCACAAGAAAAUGCCUGCAAGCAAUGUGGGAAGGUCUUCCAAUCGCUUAAGGCCUUGUGUGGUCACAUGGCUUGUCAUUCUGACAAAGACAAAGGUGGUGGUGGUGUUAAUAAAGAUGAUGAUGAUAAGUCUUGGUCUGAAAUCGAAAGUGAUUCCGAUUCAGAUGAGGCUGUGGAUGAGGAAGAACAGAUCCCCUUGAGUGACAGGUCAGCAAAUCUCAGUAAGUACAAGAAAAUUGUUAUCAAAUAUAAUAAUAACAACACUAAUAGUGUUGGCGGUUCAUCAUCAGUUUCUGAGAUUGAUUCUCAAGAACAAGAAGAAAUAGCCAGGUGUUUGAUGAUGUUGUCAAAGGAUUCUGGGAACUGGAAUGCUGGUUCUCUUGUUGUUAAUAAUUCUUCAAUUGUGGAGUUUUCAGAUAAUAACUCUGUUGUCUUGGAGACAACUAAAUCAUCAUCCAUUGACAUGAAGAGUUGUAAGAAAGAUUCUGUCUUUAUUAAUCCCAAGAAAAUUGAAGAAGAUAGGAAGAAACUGAAAUCCAACAAUGAUAAUAUGGUUGAAUUUGAAUCCCAUAGUUCCGAUUCAGGGUACUUUCUGGGUGAAAACAAGGACGAAUCAGACAUUUCUGUUAACAGGAUAAAAGGGUAUUAUUAUGACGAUUCUGUAUUCACAUCAAGGAAGUAUGGGAAGCAGAAGAGAGCAAAUAAUGACACUUCUUAUGAUCCUGAAAUAGAGACUAGGGGAGCUUAUAAGAAGGGUAAGAUAGUCUCUUCAGGUGCUAAUAAUAAGAAGUAUGAGUGUUUGAAUUGCAAGAAGAGUUUUGGCUCUUAUCAGGCUUUAGGUGGACACAGACCUUGCCACAAGAAAACAUAUGCCGAUAGGGAGUCAGGCUAUGGAACGGGCGAAAAUAGCUUAGAGGGGGAUGAUGAGGCUAGGGAGUGUUUGGCUGGUGGUGGAAAGAGAGGAAAUGCUGUUAAGGGUUAUUCAUCAAUAGAGAAGAAUGGUAUUAAAUUCAAGAAAGGGAAAGGUCAUGAAUGCCCAUUCUGUCAUAGGGUGUUCAAGUCUGGACAAGCUUUAGGUGGUCAUAAAAGGUCUCAUUUCAUUGGCGGUUCUUCUCAUGUUAUGAAUGGUUCAAACCAAACUUCAGCUUCUGCUUCCAGGCCAGAAGAAGUAGAAGAAGCUCCUGAUUUGCUUGAUCUUAAUCUUCCUGCUCCGGUCGAGGAUGAUGAAGAUGAGCAGUUGAUUUCUUGGUAGAUUUCUAAUAACAGAAUUGAAUUGAUUUUGGUGAUUUAAAAAUUCCCAAAAUUUUGCAUACUUCUAAACCCCAAGAAAAUGCCUCAUUUGGUUUUGGUCACAGUUUGAUGAGUUUCAUCCAUUUUCUUUAUCUGCAGAUAAUAACAUUAUGUCCUAGUCACUGUUUUUUUGUUGUAUAGACAAUUCAUAGCUUAAUUUACCCCAUAAUUCUUUCGUUUCUCUAUUAAAGCUGCUCAGAAAAGUUCAUUGCCUUCA